AUGGAGGAGAACGGUGAAUCCAUCAAGCGCGAUGUGCGCAAUCAUAUGCUGUUCGAGGUGGCCACCGAGGUGGCUAACCGUGUGGGCGGGAUCUACUCGGUCCUGAAGUCCAAAGCUCCCGUCACUACGGCGGAAUACGGCGAGCGGUACACUUUGAUCGGCCCCCUCAACAAGGCUUCGGCCGCUGUGGAGGUGGAAGAGCUCACCCCGUCCAACCCAGCUAUGCGGGAGACCAUCCAGUCCAUGAAGGACCGCGGCAUUGAGAUAAUCUACGGUCGCUGGCUCAUUGAGGGUGCGCCGCGGGUGCUCCUCAUCGACACCGGGACUGGUUACAGGUGGUUGGACGAGUGGAAAGGUGAUCUUUGGACCAACUCUGCCAUCCCGUCCCCCGCCGCCGAUAACGAGACCAACGAGGCCAUCGUUUUUGGAUAUUUGGUCGCUUGGUUCUUGGGAGAGUACAUUGCCCAUGAUCGUCGCCGCGCGGUGGUCGCUCAUUUCCAUGAAUGGUUGGCAGGUGUGGCGCUGCCACUGACGAAGAAGCGGCACAUGGACCUUACCACCAUCUUCACUACGCACGCCACAUUGCUGGGUCGCUAUCUGUGUGCUGGUUCAGUUGACUUCUACAACAACCUCCAGUACUUCGACGUGGAUGCGGAGGCCGGGAAGCGGGGAAUCUACCACCGCUACUGCAUUGAGCGCGCAGCCACGCAUAGCUGUGAUGUCUUUACCACCGUGUCGCACAUUACCGCAUUCGAGAGUGAACAUUUGCUGAAGCGGAAGCCUGACGGUGUGUUGCCCAAUGGCCUUAAUGUGAAGAAGUUCUCUGCUAUGCACGAGUUCCAGAACCUGCACUCGCAGGCCAAGGAGAAGAUCAAUGACUUUGUUCGGGGUCACUUCUAUGGCCACAAUGACUUUGAUCUCGAUAACACCCUUUACCUCUUCACCGCCGGUCGGUAUGAGUUCCGUAAUAAGGGUGUCGAUAUGUUCAUUGAGGGCCUGGCUCGUCUGAACCAUCGCCUGAAGGCCGCCGGGUCGACCAUGACAGUCGUCGCAUUCAUUAUUAUGCCUGCCCAGACCUCCUCCUUGACAGUGGAGUCCCUCAAGGGACAGGCCGUUGUCAAGUCUCUGCGCGACACCAUCGAGAACAUUGAAAAAGGCAUCGGCAAGCGCAUGUACGAGCGCUGUCUUUCUUGGAAGGAAGGCGACAAAUUGCCCGAUGAGAAGGACCUGAUCACCAGCCAGGAUCGCGUCAUGCUCCGCCGCCGUCUGUUCGCCAUGAAGCGCCAUGGCCUGCCCCCAAUUGUCACCCACAACAUGCACAAUGAUCACGAGGACCCCAUCCUGAACCAGCUUCGCCGAGUCCAGCUAUUCAACCAAGCCUCCGACCGGGUCAAGAUUGUCUUCCACCCCGAAUUCCUGAACUCAGCCAACCCCGUUCUCCCGCUGGACUAUGAUGACUUUGUGCGCGGAACCCACCUGGGUGUCUUCCCCUCCUACUAUGAGCCCUGGGGAUACACUCCCGCCGAAUGUACCGUGAUGGGCGUCCCCAGUAUCACCACUAACCUCUCCGGCUUUGGUUGUUACAUGGAGGAAUUGAUUGAGAACUCCUCCGAUUACGGAAUCUACAUUGUGGACCGUCGCUCCAAGGGAGUGGAUGAUUCGGUCAACCAGCUGACCGAGUUCAUGUUCAACUUCACGGAGAAGAGUCGUCGUCAACGUAUCAACCAGCGUAACCGAACAGAACGUCUGAGCGACCUGCUUGACUGGAAACGCAUGGGUUUGGAGUAUGUCAAGGCUCGCCAGCUGGCCCUGAGAAGAGCUUACCCGUCCUCCUUCGAGGGCCAAGAGGAUUACUUUGACAUCAUUGGAGGAACUGACCAGAAGAUCUCCCGCCCGCUUUCUGUUCCGGGAUCUCCCCGGGAUCGCACUGGAAUGAUGACCCCCGGUGACUUUGCCUCCCUGCAGGAAGGCCACGAAGGCCUGAGCACCGAAGAUUACAUUGCCUGGAAGCUACCUGAGGAGGAAGAGCCCGAAGAGCACUUCCCACUUACAUUGCGAACCCGCAAAACCACGGAGCGCCCCCAAUCCCCGUUGGACAGCAUCUCCAUCAACGGCCGCCAGCUCGGUGACAGUCCGAAAUAG